AUGUCUGCUUCAUGGACUUCCAUCCUCAAUGACCUCAACAGAGACGUUGCGAGAGACCAACCUAAAGAUGUCAUUCAAUGGGGAGCUGACUGGUUCCAGAACAAGCUUCGACAAGAGCGACAAGGUCCACAACAAUCUCUUUCAGCUCCACCAACGGGACGUAAAGGUCCACCUGGAUCAUUAGCUUUCAACGCUCCUGGAUUAUCUUCACCUGCCCCUCACGCUUUAUCACCUUUCUCAGAGCAAGGGCCUUCUGAUUCACCUUUCGGAUCCGGUGGUCCAAGAAGAGCUACAGUACCUCAAGGGUCGUCAGGAUUGCAACAACAACAUAUAUUCUAUCCUCCGUUCGGUUCUCCUUCAGGCGGUGUCGGAGGUGAUUCGAGUCCAUUCAGUGAACAAUCAUCCUCAUUCCCUCCUUCCUCCAACAACUUCAACGAUGGACCCCAAUUCAACCAAUCUCCAUUCGGUGGUUUCUCUAACAACAACAUAGCUGAAGAAGGAGAUCAACAUGAUGAACCCCCUAUCCCAUCUUACGCUUUAGGUAGAAGAACUUCAGUCUCAGCUGAAUCUUUAGUACCCACUAAUCAUAGAUCUUUCCAACCUUCAGGUGGACUAGAAUCUACCAUGGAAGAAGAUGAGACUACUCCAAACCCAAAUUCAGGAAGUGCAAGUAACAUGCCUUCAUUCCCUAAAACAGAUGAACAAAUGAACAGGAUCAAGCAAGCUAUUAAACCAAAUUUCUUGUUCAGAAAUUUAGAUGAGGAUCAAGAAGUAGAUGUCUUGGCUGCUAUGAAAGAAGUCACGAUCGCCGCAGGUGAAAUGAUCAUCGAACAAGGUGCAGCAGGUGAUUAUUUCUAUAUCGUCGAAAAUGGUACAUUAGAUGUUUUCGUUAAGAAAGAUGGUCAAGUCAUCGAUCCUGAAAAAGGUGAUAGACCACUACUCGGUAAAAAGGUUGCUUCAUGUAAAGAAGGUAGCUCCUUCGGUGAACUUGCUUUAAUGCACAACGCCCCUCGAGCCGCUUCUAUCCUCUCUAUUACUCCUUGUACAUUGUGGGCUCUUGACCGAGUCUCAUUCAGGACUAUCUUACUUGACCACACUUCCCGAAAGAGAAGACUCUAUGAAUCUUUCUUAUCUGAAGUACAGAUUCUCGCUUCCCUCCAACCUCACGAGCGCGCCAAGAUUGCCGAUGUACUUGAGUCCCGAACUUUCAGCGAAGGCGAAGACGUUAUCAAACAAGGAGAAGCAGGUGAUGAUUUCUUCCUGAUCGAAAGUGGAUCUGCUGUUGCCAUCAAAAAGGGUGAUGAUGGUAGAGAAAGUGUAGUGAAGAGAUUAGUCAAAGGAGAUUACUUCGGGGAACUUGCUUUACUUAAUAGACAAACUCGAGCUGCAACAGUCAGAGCCGAGGGACCGGAUAACUUGAAAGUAGCAGCUUUGGGUGAACAAGCUUUCACAAGACUUUUAGGUCCGGUGAAAGAUAUCAUGGCUAGAUCAGUCAGUGAACGAUAUGGAUUCUCAACCGGUAGAGGAUCUGUAUAA